AUGCACGAACUAGGAAGCAAAGCAAAACAUUCCAGGGUCUUAUCGACAAAGAACCAGUUACCAAGAAAACAGCCUGUUUCCCAGCCCCCGAAGCCUCCCCUCGCUCCCAUUCAAAACAAACAAUCAACUUUAUUUUCAACCCCACCCGCGCCGUCACAUAUUUCACCCCCGGUCUCUACACCCAAUAAUGGUCCAUCUCCUGGUCGCAUGCGCACCAACGCAGAAGGACCACGGCUUAUCCCUGUCGACCCAGUCCGCGCCACCCCGCACCUCCUUGCAAAAAUCCCGCAUGGCGCGAGGCAUGUGCGCCGCUUUAUCAUUGUUGUCGUAGUGGUGUUGUACCGCGGGUCGCAUCAGGCGGUGUACCCGACGCCGAAUGUUCCGCCGCUGCAGCAUGCGGGCGAUGAGAUUGUGUUAAAGGAGGAUGAGGACGAUGGCGUCGAUGGCGUCGAGUUGGAUACAGAUAUGGAGAUGGAGAUGGGGAUGGGGAGGGAUGAGGAUGAGGAGCAGGAGGAGCAGGAGGAGCAGGAUGAAGAGGAGGAGGAGGAAAGGGAAGAAGUGCAGGAGGAGGAGGAGGAGGAGGAGGAGUACGACCCCGACCAUGACCAUGGCCAUGCGGCGGAGAGGUAUCGGUACUCUGGCUCUGUCUCUCUGUACCCGCUAUAUACUACUACCACCACCACCGCUACUACCACAACUACCACCACCACAACCACCGCCACCACAACUACAACCACCGCUGCUGAUAUCCACACUCCGACGUAUAGAUCGGUCCCUGCCCCAACCCCGCUCUUCGCACAGCGCCCAUUGCGCAAGAGGUCAUCUGAUGAGCUUAAUGAUGAUGGAGAUGGAGAGGGUGAUGCGGGGUACGAUACGGCGAGUAGAAGUAGCGAGACGCUUUCGUCUUCGUGGAGGGGUGUUCGACCUGUUGAUGUUGCUGUGGGUGUGGGUGUAAAUGUGGUGGCGCCGGAGCUUGUGAUGAGGCCGAGGAAACGGAGUAGUGAGGAGUUGGAUGAUGAGCAUGAACGUGAACGCGGGCGUGAGCGUGGGAGUGAAGAGAGGGUACCGUGUCGGGGAACAUACCAUAACGACAACCACAACCACAACGACACAUAUAGCCUCCACAACCACCAACGUAUCCGGGUGCACGCGCCGCUUUCGCCGUCGUCUGAGAGCCCGCGCAGUAGAAGGCGGAGCGGGAGUGUGUAUUAUUCAUCGUCUGCCGAUGCGGAGGAAGGUGAUCGGGAUGUGGUGUUUUCUGAGGUGGGCGAUGGCGAUGUUGAUGUUGAUGUGCAUGUGGAUGGGGAUGGGGACGAUAUCUCAGGGGACGAAUUUCUCGAUGUUGCCUCGGAGUGGCUGGACGACGCUAAGAAGGCGAUUCUGAAAGGGAAGAAAAACCUUGACAAGUGGUUCCAUGAUGGAAGAGAAUUCAUAAAGCGAGAUAACUUGCUCUACGAAUAUAUUACGCAUCCUGAAUUCCAGAAAUAUGAUUUGAGGGUGACGGAACCCAAGCUUUGUGACCCAACCGUCAAGCAAUUGUCAGGGUAUCUCGACAUUGCUGAAGACAAGCAUGGAGAGUGA